AUGGAAAACCAAACUAUAGAGUAUGUGUUGGUUCUAACUGGUCUGUCUGAUCUUCCGAGUCUUCAGCUUCCUCUGUUCCUGGUGUUUCUCCUCAUCUAUCUUAUAACUCUGACUGGGAACCUUCUCAUCCUUCUCCUGAUCUUCACUGAUUCCCAUCUUCACACCCCCAUGUACUUCUUCCUUGGAACCCUGGCAUGUCUGGAUAUGGGCUACUCCUCAACCACUGUCCCAAGAAUGCUCUUUGAUUUACUCACAGAUAGAAGGGUCAUUUCUGUACCAGCUUGUAUAACUCAGAUCUACUUCUUCCUCUGUUUCUGUUCAUUUGAGACAUCUGUUCUGGCAGUGAUGUCCUAUGACAGAUACAUUGCCAUCUGCCGCCCCCUUCACUACAUGCAGAUAAUGAAAUGGAAAGUUUGUGUUCAACUUGUAUCAGUCAUUUUGGUUUUUGGGGCUGUAUAUUCCUUGCUGCACGCUGUUUUCUUAACCAAACUGACAUUUUGCAGGCCUGAUGCUUUGCAGAGUUUCUUUUGUGACCUGCCCCAGUUGCUUCAGAUCUCCUGUAGUGACACAUUCAUCAAUGUAUUGCUUAUAUUUGUCUUUGGAAUACUGUUUGGAUCUGAGGAACCAGGAACUCAAAGCAUCAGUAAAAAGAACUUUGCAACGACUGCAAAUCAAAAUUGGACAAAAAAAUUACGUUAG